AUGAAGAAUUAUAAAGAGGAAGGAAAGAUAUUACAAAAUGAAUUUUCGAAAACGUCAUUAGAAGAUGUUGGAAUAUAUACUCAAAAAACAAAUGAAAUGCAAGGCAAAUUAAAGGAAUUAAGGAAGAAAAAAGAGAAAAUCAACGAGGAAAUGAAGAUGAAGAUGGGAACGGAUGAGGAAGAAAUUUUAAAAAAUAAAUUGAAAAAGAUGGAAGAAGAUGAAAACAAACUAAAGAUUAAAUUUAACGAAUUACAGAUGAAAAAUCGUUUAAAAUCGGAUAUUAGAGAGUAUGAUGGGGACUUUAGAAUACGAAAACGCAAAUUAGGUAACAAUGAAGUUGUUAUAAUGAAGUUGGUAAAUGAAAAAGAAAAUCUGAGUAAUCAAGUGAAAUUAUUAGAAAAUGAGUUAAAAAAGUUAAGAAAUGAAGAUAUUAAGGUAACCGAGGAAGAACAAUUGAAGGAUAUUGAGUUAAAAAUUGAAGAAAAAGAAAAAGCAAUGACAGAAAAAAAUGAAAAAAUAUUUGAAAUUAAUAGUAAAAUAUCAGCUCUACAAAAUGGUUAUGGUAACAAAACAAUAAAUUUUCAUUAG